AUGAACGGUUCCUUCCUUCCAUUUCUGUGUGUAAUCAUUUAUUUAUGGGUCUUUGUUUAUGUGUUAAUUGCUGGAAUCGGCGUUUUAGAUAAAAAUUGCAAAAUAGAUAAAAAUCACAUUCUGGUGGCACAUAAUGACUAUCGGCAUUUUCACCUAGCCCCCAAACUAGAAUGGAGCGAUGAGUUGGAAGAAUCCGCAAUUAAAGAGGCCAAGAGGAUAUCAAAUGAGAACUCAUGCAAAUUACCAUCUUACUAUCGCAAAUUAACCGCAACAAACUACCUGUCUGUAAGAAGACAAACGCUAGAAGAACGUGUCGCUGUUGAAUUUUGGUAUGAAGGAAAAAUAGACUACGACUUUGUAAAAUGUUCCGCAAAGAGUAGGAAUCCAAAUUUGCUUGCCUUUACGCAGCUUAUAUGGAAGAAUACAACGCAUGUUGGAUGCGGAGUGACAUGUUGUGAUACCGACAUGAUCCUGGUUUGUAGAUAUCAUCCGUUUGGGAAUAUUCCAGGUGAAUUUUGUUCAAAUGUUGAAAAAAGGUAUUAUGAUACAAUGAUGGAAGAAUCACAUAAUACACCAACACAAACACUGGCUAUGCCAAAUGCCUGA